AUGGAAGGCCUUAUCUGCCUCAAUGGAGGUGUCCUCUAUUCGGUACUAGCCCUUGAGACCGGAUGCAUUUUCCCAAAGAUGCUACUAACUCAAUCAACGCGUAUCUGGUGGUCAGACAUUGGUCCUUUUGAUUCAGCCAGCCAUGAAACUGGCACUUCGGAGACCUGGAAGCACUGGCACCAGGGAUCAAGACAGUUAAGCCUUUCCAAGUCCUCUAACCCCUUUUCCAGCUCCAAUGAAUUUUCUGCCCAAUCUCAAAGCAAUACCUACAAGGGAAGAAUUUUUUCUAUUCCUGCAAUUUCUGCCGCCUCUUCAUCACCGUUAUUAUCGGCACCAUCCGAAUUGUCAUCUUCAAAUAUCCCUUCCAUGGAGUCGUCUGCAGUAGCCGGCUAUUAUGGUGAGCCCACACCUCUAAUCGGCCCAGGAGUGACUGGCUGGGAAUCACCCUCUCUAUUCUAUCGCAGACCCUGGCAUCAAUUAAUGGUGGCUGACAACUUAUUAAGUCUCCAGCUGCGUCAAAUGUUCACUUGCCCUCGACAAAAAGUUCGGAAAAGUAAUGCUGCAUACGAAGGUAAAUCUCCUGAUAAUAAAUGGCCAAGCGAGUCGAAUUAUGAUUCUUUGGUUUCAUCAGGCUCAUCGGCUAGGCCUCUCUUCCUGGUCAGCCUUCAGCAUGCUUUGGAUGAAAUCUGUCGUCACCCUGGAGUUUUGAAUACACUCGAUGAACUAAAACACAUAGAUGUCUUACUAGAAUGUGUGCAGGAGAUGAAAAGGCCACAAAAAUCAGGAGAGCAAGAAAACGUAUUCGUGAUCAGAGCUUCAAUUAAGGACAUUAAGUAUGUUGGCAUGCAUAGACUACGAGUUUAUAAUGGAAGUUUAAAGUUCUUUUUCUGGUAUAAUUGA